UGAUGAUCACUUGAUCUCUUUUGUGGGUCCCCCAUCCACCCAUUAUCUUGUUCUAUUUCAUCAAUUCAUCCCUAUUCUGCUUUGUUGCAUAUCAUGCAUGCUUCUCCCUCUUCCUUCACUAAAAUUUUGCUCCAAUACUCUCUCUCUCUCUCUCUCUCUCUCUCUCUCUCUCUCUCUCUCUCUCUCUCUCUCUCUCCACUCUCUCUCUACCUUUAGAUGGUGAGUGUUGGAUCGUUCCUUCUAAAGCUUCAAUUGAAAACCUAGCAGACUUUUUUAUUUCGCCGUUUGAUCGCCAAUCAGGGACGAGUUAAAUAUGGUGCUAUAUUUUUGUGUUAUCAUUGAUCGCAUAUACAGGCCACAAAUACCACUUCAAGUCCACUUGAUCAACUGGUAGAUCGAAUUUGUAUCUUCCCAAAUUUAUUUUUAUUUUCAAUAUAAAUAAUCAUCAGUUGGAAUUUACCGGCACAGAAAAGCAUGGACAUCAAUAUUGAUUACGCAAGUAAGCUGUCUCUAAACUCUUCCGGCGGGCAGGAUCUUAAUCAUGAUGAUGUUAGCAGGGAAGAUCCCAUCCUCCGACAUGAGAUCUCCUCCUCCUUUGAGUAUUCUUCUCUUUGGCCAAACUUUCCUCUCCAUCUUGAAGGGCAUCAUCAAACCCCAUCCUCCUCAUCUACCCAUCAUCAGUAUGUUCCCUCCCCUUCGAAUAUUCAUGAUCAUGAUCAACUAAUCAUCGAUCACCAUCAUCAACACCAUCAUCGUCAUCACACUCAUCAAGUACUACUAGCCGCCGCUGCAGGGAAUAAUAAUAAUACUUUCAUGGAAUUAGAUGAUCACGAAGAUGCUCAAGACCAGGGCCCCGCCGCAACUGGUGAAGAAGAGCUUGGAGCUAUGAAGGAAAUGAUGUACAGGAUCGCCGCUAUGCAGCCGGUGGACAUCGAUCCAGCUACAAUCCGAAAGCCCAAAAGGCGGAAUGUGCGAAUCAGUGAUGAUCCCCAGAGCGUGGCUGCGCGUCACCGGCGCGAGAGGAUAAGCGAGAAAAUUCGUAUCCUCCAAAGACUCGUUCCCGGAGGAACUAAAAUGGAUACCGCUUCUAUGUUAGACGAAGCUAUUCGAUACGUCAAGUUCUUGAAGAGGCAAAUCCGAUUGCUACAAUCAUCUUCCUCCUCUUCCAGUAAUGUCAAUAACAUUAGUAUCGAUGGUCAUCAUCAUCAGCAUGAUCAGCACCACCCAGCUGCAGCACCCGCAGCAGGAGCUCAUGAUCAGUGCAAUACCAAUAUUAUUAAUGGUCCAUCAACAUCAGUUGGAGUUCCUACUGCAGGGGUUGGGUUGCCGUUGGAAUGGCCGCUGCAGCAUGGUUCCACCGCCUCCUCCUCCUUCACUAGACACCCUGACAACUAG